ACGCCGACGCCGAGGUCGUCCGGUCCGGUCCGGUCCCUGUUCCUGUGGGUGGUGCCGGCGCCACUGCCGUAGCCACACCGCCCUAACUUGGCCAACUCCGCUGACCCGACGGCCGUGGCGAGCGGAGCAAGAAAAGCUGCUGCAGACCUUGCCCCGUUUCCUUUGCUUCUCCCUGAGUCUCUGCCUUCUUUCUUCCGCACUUGUGCAGUUGUGUCCAACUCAAACAACAACAACAAAGAAACCUCCCGUCCCCUCUCCUCCAUCUCCCACAUCCAAACUCCAUCGUCGUCGAAUCGAGGCCGCCAUGGCCAGCGGCAUCGAGUACGACUACCUCUUCAAGCUGCUCCUCAUCGGCGACUCCUCCGUCGGCAAGUCCUGCCUCCUCCUCCGCUUCGCCGAUGAUUCGUUCGUUGACACCUACAUCAGUACCAUCGGCGUUGAUUUCAAAAUCCGCACUGUCGACCUCGAUGGAAAGACUGUCAAGCUACAGAUUUGGGACACAGCAGGCCAAGAAAGGUUCAGGACAAUUACAAGCAGUUACUACCGAGGAGCUCAUGGAAUCAUUAUCGUGUAUGAUGUGACAGACAUGGAGAGCUUCAAUAACAUCAAGCAGUGGCUGAGUGAGAUUGAUAGGUAUGCCAGUGACAACGUUUGCAAGCUGCUAGUUGGGAACAAGUGUGAUUUGGUUGACAGUAAGGUUGUUGAGACUGAAAAGGCAAAGGCUUUUGCAGAUUCGUUAGGAAUUCCCUUUAUCGAGACAAGUGCAAAGGAAUCCAUCAAUGUGGAGGAAGCUUUCCUGACCAUGUCAUCAGAAAUCAAGAAAAGGAUGGCAACCCAACCAACCGUGGAGAGGAGACCCACCGUCCAUGUUCACAUGAAAGGGCAGCCAAUACAGCAGAAGAGCAGCUGCUGCUCAUCAUAGUCAGGGUUCAGGAGGCACUUAAAUUUGUCUUGUGGUUAGAUGGAUGCUGUAGAAUGUUGUCCAAUCAAGACUAUAUUGAAGGAGGCACUGGGUGGAAUGGAGGAUACUAAGAUACUAUAAGCGUGUCAUUUCAGUAGGAGAUAUUCAUCUUUAUACAGAUUAGCAUAAUUUGCCACAGUUUGUAUUAUUAGUACCUAGCAAAGUGUACCAUUCGUUAAUCUUAAAACUUGCAGUUAAUUGCAUGAUAUAUGGUGUGAGUUCUGGCUUAUAAGGAUCAGCACUAAUUGCCACAGUUUGUAUAACCUAGCAACUAGCAAAUUGUACCAUCAUUAAACUGGCAGUUAACUGAAUGAUAACAGGUGCAAAAUGCUGGUUCUUGAUUAUUGAACAUGAUGAUUAAGGUCA